UAGAGAGACUUUCACCUCCGAUUUCUGAAUCGAAUUUUCAGAAAAUCUCAAUUGACAAAGGAGAGCGAUCGAAUAAUAGCAGUGUUGUGAAAUAAGCUCCAAUGGCUUCAGGGUUGAUUCAUUCCAGACUCUCACUCUCUAGAAUCUACGUAAUGGCUGGGAACAAGAAUGGGAGAUUUCUUUCAACUGAGUCUAACAAGGUUGAUGAACCUUUUAAAGUUGAAGAAGCAGAGACUGUAAACGUACCUCCUCCUCCUUCUGAAAAGCUGCUUGUGUUGGGUGGAAAUGGAUUUGUUGGCUCCCAUAUCUGCAGGGAAGCUUUGAAUCGUGGUCUGAGUGUUGCCAGCCUCAGCAGGUCUGGCGGAUCAUCUUUACAUGACUCUUGGGCUAAGGAUGUGACCUGGCAUAAAGGGAACCUUCUGUCAUCCGAUUCGUGGAAGGAAGCUCUUGAUGGAGUUAUAUCUGUUAUCUCUUGCAUCGGUGGUUUUGGAUCUAAUUCAUAUAUGUAUAAGAUUAAUGGGACUGCAAACGUCAAUGCUAUCAGAGCUGCUGCAGAGAAAGGCGUGAAAAGGUUUGUUUAUAUCUCAGCUGCUGAUUUUGGCUUAGCAAACUAUUUACUGAAAGGAUAUUAUGAGGGGAAGAGAGCUGCAGAGACAGAGUUACUCACUAAAUUUCCAUAUGGAGGAGUGAUUUUGAGGCCUGGCUUUAUUCAUGGGACUCGCAGUGUUGGAAGAAUAAAAUUACCUUUAGGUGUUAUUGGUUCUCCUUUGGAAAUGGUUUUCCAACAUGCAAAACCAUUGAACCAGGUACCACUGAUUGGCCCAUUAUUCACUCCUCCAGUUAAUGUUACUGCUGUUGCCAAGGUUGCAGUGAGAGCGGCAACCGAUCCUGUUUUUCCACCCGGCAUCGUUGAUGUCUAUGGAAUACAACGAUUUAGCCUGCAAAUGUCAAGAUAAACUAUAGUUGAACUUGGGAGUUCUGCGUUUGUUUUCUAUGAUUCAAAAGUAAAGAGCUUGGUAUCAAGAGGUUAAAGGUGUACGUGGCUGAUUGUAAAUUCGUGGGAUGGUUGCAGCGUUAAGAGAGUGAAGAAAACAGGUCAAUACUUCACUCUGGUACAAUAAAAAUUGUCAGGGAUUGGCUUGUAGUGGCUGAAAUUUUCUGAUUCUCCUAGUCUUGAAAGAGAAAUGCCGGUUUCUGCUGUCAAUACUUCUAGUGGUUUUAGACAAAAGGAAACACACAUUUCCCCCUUUUAACUCGAUCCAGAAUUAAUAUGAAGUAAUGUGGA